GGGAAUCUCCAUGGUCAGCGACAUCAGUUCAAUCGGCAACAUGCAACACCCAAGUUCUCAGUCCAGCUCCUUGGCUCUGCUCCUGACUUUCGUCCUGGCUGCCGUCGUCGGUGUUCAAGGCGACUACGAUUGGUAUGGCGAAUAUUCGGGCUCUGAACUGGACUACAUCUUUGCGGAUGUGAACUACGAUGCUGUGUGCCCGCCAGGUGGCUAUGCUGUCUGCGCCACCGAUGGCUACAGCUACCAUCCAUUCUCGAGCAAGUGCCGCCUGGAUGCGCAGAACUUGAAACUGCUGUUCGCCGGCAAGAAGGAACUUAUCCAAACCGACCUGAGCUACUGUCCCUCGUAUCCUGGCCAAUCGUACGGUUCCCCAGCCCCUGCUCCUGGCUAUCAGCCCAAGCCGGUUCAGGAUUAUGCCCCCGUUCGGUAUUCCUCAUCGUCUGGCCAGAACUCGUUCGCCUAUGCCGCUGCCAGUGGACCUUAUGGCGCCAAGGCGGUGGCUGAGGCUCCGGGUCCGUAUCCAGUCGCUUCUCCCUCCUAUUCCGUCUCGUAUCCCGCCGCGCCGGCUGCUUAUGCCCCGCCCCCUGCCAAGUAUCCCUCGCCGCUCUCGUCCUAUCCCGUUUAUGCCAAGCCUGUGCCAGCCUAUGCCGCCGUUUAUAACUACGCUGGCACCACCAGUGCGCCAUCUACCGGCUCGACUACGACGUCGGCCACUACAGGCACCACAACAACUAGUAGAUAUCCUGCAUACCCCACCACAGCGACAACAACCACAGCGGCAACUACUACAGCAGCAACAACCACCGCAGCAACAACCACCGCAGCAACAACCACCGCAGCAACAACCACCGCAGCAACAACCACCGCAGCAACAACCACUGCAGCAACAACCACCGCAGCAACAACCACUGCAGCAACAACCACUGCAGCAACAACCAAAGCAGCAACAACAACUGCAGCAACAACAACUGCAGCAACAACCGCAGCAGCAACAACUGCAGCAGCAACAACCGCAGCAGCAACAACCGCAACUCCUAGCCCCUAAUUAAAAGAGGACAACUAUCGAUCGCCAACAGCAAUGAACAACCCACUAGAAAGUCUAGAAAAACUACAACAGAACAACUGCAGACAACCGAAGACAACAGCAAACGAAAUAAUCAUUUUGACCACAGCAAUAUGUAGAGUGUUCAAUUUAGCCACAAUAAAGCAAUCAGUACAGCACAUAAA